UAUUUGACGCUUUGAGUCUCUUGGAGCCCUCUCUCUUUGAAUGGCACCUGAAUGAAACUCAUGUGGAGCGCGCGUUUGAGCGUCGCAAGCGCCCUCUUCCACAAUUUUGGCAUGAGAAAAAGAAGACAUCAAAGUCUGCCAAAGGAGAAGACGAAUCCGAACGCACGGAGAAGAAGAAGAUAACCAAAGAACGAGGAAGCAGUUGGUUUGUGGAGAGCGUACCGUGCACAUGGUGUUGGAGUGAGUGAGUGAGCAGUGCAUUAUUACUUUACCACCAUUACUCGUUGGCUUCAUCCACAUCACAACAUAGUCAUUGUACUACUCAUCCCAUCAUCGGAACUACCAGUGGUCGCUUUCUGCCGACAAGUAGCGUGAGGAUCUCGGAGGAGUGAAGUGUUUACCAGUGAUAAACAACACUCGCCUUCUAUACACUAUAUACAAUACGGAUAGAAGUAGUACUACCCAUUACCACAUGAAAACCUGUUGCUUCAAGAUUCACAAUGGAAAGUUAUGAAGAUGUGUCAAGGGUUCAAAAUCGAUUGUGAUCUUCCUCCCCCCCUCCACCAUCCAAGCCAAACCAAGCCAGUGAAUCAGUGAGUGAAUCCACGAGAAGGAAAAGGUGAAAGCUGACGAGCGGAAUCUUUUGAAAAUCUGAGAAAAUAAGCAUAAUCUCAAAGUGAUUCUCAGGAGGUAAUUGAAUGGUACAGUAGUACCGGGACUUCCAGAUCCCGUCUAUGGGAACAAUUGAGCGAAAAUGUCAUGAGACACCAUGGAUCGGAAUUCACUUUCCACAUAACAUGGAACGAACCAUCACGCGCAUCAAGAACCUCAAGGCCAGACGGAAGCUUUCGCUCCCCGCCUCACCGAACCCCAACCAUGCCCGAACCGCUCAACCCGCCACGCGCACGGAAUCUCUGUCCGUGGCGCCCUCUAACGAUAAUAACCUGUCGUUGCCUUACGCAAGGAUCAGAAGCCUCAGCCCGGAUGACGUGUUUGAGACGCAUUCCGAGGCUUCGUUUUCGCAUGGCGGAGACAGAUCGCCCAACCAUCGACCCACCAAACGAUCUGAGUGGAAUCAAAUGCAAUGGAGUCCGGAUGUGCGGACUCGAACGUUCGAUUUCGAGCAACGCCUCGAGAACAUUCGGCAGAACUUGCGGAAUGUCGAGAUCAGUGAAAACCAUCACGGUCGUUAUGGAAAUAACUUGCCCAACGGGAUCUCCCGACGUUCCAGUUCCACAGUGCGAUUCACCCUCCCACCUCAAUCGAAUAGUAGCCGAUAUCGUCGCAGUGAGAGUGUCUCCAAUGUGGACAUGGAAUCACUUCGACGACGGAACAUUCACACUCGACAUGGAAGUCUCCCCCAUGUGUUUAGAAAUCUAUAUUACCAUCAAUCCAUGAGUGCAGCAGAUGUCGCUAGCGGACGACACAGCUCUUGUGAGCGCACCUCAUCCAUGUCCCGAAAGCCGCCGCCCACACCCCCUUCCCGUCGGCCAAUUCCUCGAAGUGGAUCAGAUUUUCGCCAUGAAAACGGGAAACAACGACAUCACCAAAACCAUCAACACCAUCAUCAUCAGCAACAACAGCAACAACAGCAGCAACAGUACCAAUACCAAAAUGGAAAGAAAGAGGGGCCCGAACUUCCAGUUUUAGCUCUUCAAUCCUCCAAUGCCGUGUCCUUGCCGGCCAAUAUCGAUAAUCUGUCCGACGAGGACGAGGAUGAUGAGGAGGACGAGGAUCUUGACGAGGACCUAGGAAGUGAGCAUAUCCACAACCAUCUUGGUCAUUUCGCCCAUGACUCGACAUCUCACCCCAAGUUGAAUGGACGGAGCUCUCUUCAGGGUGGACAUGAGAGAGCUUCCAAUCCAACAACCCCUGUGAGACGAGGCAACAAAUUGAAGCGGAGAAAAGCCUAUUAUACGCGCCAAAGAAGUGACAUCACGACCAAUCCGGUCGGCCCAACUUGGUCUCUGCCCCUUGACGCCUUUUUUGACGCCCAAUAUCAAUUCUCGUUGGCCAAGGGUCGAAGUAAGAGCCUUACUAGUAUCGAUGCGCUCAAUCCAAUGUCCAACAUGAGCAUGGACGCGGACUGUCGGUCGGAGACCGAAUUGGCCGGAGAACGGCUCACUGUGCCUUUACGUUGUGAUUCGGCCGGGGGAGGCCUCUCCCACCAAGGCAGCGGCUACCAACGUAGACGCAAGCUAUCCACCACUGGCAAGGUUUCCAGCUCGGAAUUUCUCACCGUCAGCUUCGAAUGCUUCGAUGGGGAGAGAGGGCCUGAGGAAUUCAUGCCGGCCACUCGAGGCACUUGUCUCAGGGAAGCCAUUGCCACCGUGUGCGAGCGUCGAGGCAUAGAUGUGGACUCGAUUAACGUCUAUCUAGAUAAUUCCACUACACCCUUACCUCUUUUGACCACAGAGACUGCCUGGCUGGGAGGUAAAGUGAUCAACAUUCGAGCCAAAGACGAUUCCAAAUCUCCGAUUCGUGCGUCUGAGCGGAUCUCCGUGACCGCUCCUCCCAGUCGAAAAGCAUCGGCCGUCAGCAAUAGUGGUCGUUCCAAAUCUCGUCUGUUCAACUCGGCCUCAUCCUCCGAGGAGACAGCCUCGCUUUUGAGUUCCUCCUUCGGUGGAUUGGGGUCCUCCAAUCCGCAGCAGAGUCUUUCAGCCCUCAAUAUCAGUGCCUCAUUUGACACGAACACCCUUCGGGUCUCCAGCACCACCAAUGCCUCCACUUCACUCGCUCCCAAUAGCGGACAAUCCGCGGGAUCGGCCGUGGCCAACAAGGCCGCUAAGACGGCCAAUCGAUGGAGCGGCCUUUGGGGAGGCUCUUCCAAGGAAUCCAAAAUGGGCGCCUUAGUGAGCCAGUUGGACAACUAUUCAAAGAUCGGCAUCCCCAAGCUUCACCAUCAGGCCAGUUUCGCAUUUGAGGACGAAGUGGAAGAAGCCUUAUACAGCCUGGAAGAGGACUGGUCAGAUAUUGUCCGGCAUUCGAAUGGACUCUCCGAGCGGGUUCGCAGCCAACAAGCGGCCAUCUGGGAGUUGGUCGAGACCGAAGUGGCCUACAUCAGGACGCUGAAGGUCAUCCAAGAUCUCUUUUUGAACUGCCUCUGCAAUCUGCAAAACAACUCGAUCCUCUCGGAAAUCGAUACGGAGCGCCUGUUCUGCAACAUCCCCGAGAUCUACACUGCCAACCGGAUCUUUUGGCAUGAGAACAUCAACCCCAUGGUGAAGGCUUCCAGGAUCUCUGGGGAACCUCUGGAUCCCAACAUGAUGGUGGAUGGCUUUCUCAAGUUCGAGGAGAUCUUCAGCCCGUAUUCGCGGUACUGCUCAGAUCAAACCAAUUGUCAGGAAUACUGUCGUGAUCAAGAUAGGAAUAAUGAAAUUUUCAAGGCAUAUCUGGCGUGGUGCGAAACUCAGAAAGACUGCAAUCGACUCCGUCUGCUCGACAUUCUGGUCCGACCAAUGCAACGUCUCACCAAGUACUCCUUGCUGUUGAAGGCAAUUCUCAAGAAGACUGAUGAGGAGCACCAAAGAAACAACCUCAUUCUUAUGGAUGAGAAAGUGGAUGCAUUUGUGUCGGAUGUCAACUCGCAUCUUCGUCAACGUCAAGAGCAUGAGCGAUUGAAGACCAUUGCUGCCAGGAUCGAGGCCUACGAACCAGUUGAAACAAAGGACGAGGAUCUGGAGCGGUUGGUUCAAAGCCAUUGUCGUUUGGAUCUGGCCACGCCCAUGAUCGGCUGCACCGAGAACCAAAAGCGAUUCAUACUGUAUGAAGGUGAUCUCAAACUCAGAGAAGGAUUGGCAUCCAAGAUGGACAUUCACGCUUUUCUGUUCAGUGAUAUGCUGUUGAUCUGCAAGAACCUCAAUAAAAAAUCGGCGGAAGGUGGAAAAGUCAAGGUGAUCCGACAGCCUUACAUCAUCGAUCGUCUCCUGUGCACGGACAUCUCCAAGGAAGGCCAAAAUGCGGCCGGAUUGGCCUUUGUCUAUCUGAGCGAAUUGAACGUGGUCGCGGCGGCCUUUACACUGCACAGUUCGGAGAACAAAGUUAUCAAGUGCUGGAAAGAGCAGAUCCAAAAGGCCAAGGAUCUCUAUGAAGAGGCCAAGGUGGCCUCCAUGGACCGCUUCUACCUGUCCUAUUGUGAUGAGGAAGAGGAGCUCUCUGCCCCCUCCGCGGCCCAUUCAGGUCUUCGGCGAGGUUCUUACCGAGGUUCCAAGUUGUCCAGUAUUGGACACUCGUAUUCAGGCUCCGUUGACAUGAAUGAAUUUCUCACCAUUGGAGGCAAUUCAUCUCCGCAAUUGGCUGUCCAGCAUCGUGAUCAAUCCGGAGCCCACCAAAGCGUGCGUCGUAAUCGCAGUUUCGAGCUACAAUCGCAACAUAACCUGGGAGUCGUUCCAUCUCCAAACCCGAAUACGCCCACGUCGACGAGCAAUCAAUGCACUCUGUCCACUAGCUUGGAUCAUCGAGCUUCCAGUUUGAGCUCGGAAGAGGGCCAACCAUUACGAGUACCUGGUGUGGACAGCCAUGGAUCUUCCACACCUUCCCCGAACAAAUCAGGCGCGUCUCCUCAAGCAUUGCAGGGUUCCUAUCCAGCGUCGCCGAGACGGCAUACUCUGGUGAAAGGCAUGAGUGGAGGCACUCCAAAUACCCUAACGGUUCAAAUCCCCUAUCAAUCAGCUCAAUCUCUUCCCACAUCCCCCUCAUCUGCACCCUCUCCUGGGCCAUCUAUUCCUGAGGACAAGGCCCCGCCACCCCCGUCAAGCCCUAUGGAGGGGCUCGAGAAGGUCGGUAUCGCGUUAAGCGGACCCCCUGGCAAACGGUGCAAGAGUCCAACCGCUCGGGGCAUAUCAUACCCUCCCAUAUCACCAAAGUCAUUGAAGCGUGGUGUAGCGAUCCACCCUUCGCAAUCAAUAAAGAACCCGCCACUUAUCAAGAGUCGACAUGUGGUCUCGGCUGCCUCCAUUAUGGAUGGACACCACCAGAACACCACAACGAGCGCGCAUAAUGUACCUGUCAUCAAAGGAAUUCCUCCCAUUGAGGUUGAGCCGUCAGAAGGGGACGAGUCAGAGGCCAAUGAUAAUCCUGGCCAAGUUGUGAAGACCCAAGGUGGAGUUCGAGGUGGACGGGGUGACAGAUCAACCGAUACAAGGCGUUACCAUACAGCAGGGGCUAUAGAAGAUAUCAAGAAACAAGAUGUCCGAGAUCACACAAUCCAGAAGCGGUUAAGUUGGAACUACGGACAACAUAUCCCGAACAAUGACUUACAGUUGAAGAACAAGAAUGUUGGAAAGUGUUUGAGUACAGAUUCAAUGCAAUCAUCAAGUGGGGUCAGCUCCACCGGAUCCCUCCAUCUCUCCAUCGGGAGUGAAAUCGAGGAGCACCAAUCCAAAACCAGUGCAAAAGACGGCAAAGAUGAAGUGGACGUGUCUCAAAAGCACUCCCCGGCGGUAUCAUUGCACGUAAAUGCACCUACCACGCCCUCUAAGAGUCUGUCCUCCCGACCUUUCCCAACUUCAACAUCCAACCAUGGGCGUCCUUUUGCCGUCAAGCCCACGCCUCCUCCGGUUCCUCCUCGAGCCAACAUCAAUUCAAGCCAACAUGUCUCCACUACAUACAUCACCCAGGAUGACGUGGUGGUAACUUCCUCUCCCAAAGUUGUGCCCAAGCAAGGUCAAAAACCUCCGAAUUCGGGGGCUCAAAGUGUGCCUCAAGUCCAAAUCUCGGUCACCAGUGUCACUGGGGGAAUGGGCAAUAACACCAAAGAAGACGGUAAAAGUGACGUCCUGAGUAUCCGGGAACUCUUGUUGAGCGACAAUUCUGUCGAAUCCUCGAACGUAUGACAAAACCCUUUUGGACGUAUGGGAAGGGAGGAGGACCCUGCAUAACUUACUACCAAAGCCCCAAGGCUCCAUCAUGGACGACGACUUGUUGCCUACCAUUGUGAUUUUAUGGGAAUAUUCAAAUGAGUACAGAAGGACGGUUCCUUCCACCGCCUUCUCUAUCACGGCCUAACCCAACUUUCCCUCUUACACAAUCCUUUCCCCAUUGGAAGAAGGAAGUCAUUGGAAACGAAAGAGGAAAUCUCACAUUAAUAAUAGCUCAUCAUCUAGUUACAUAGUAGUCGAUCCUUAGCAUAUCAUGAAUCAUAAAAACCAUUUAGCCUCCUCGUCCGACGUCAUAUAUCCCUGGCAUCCAUCACAUGAAUGGCUCAGUGUUCCAUUGCCCAGCAAAGAAAGAGAGAGGCCUUUGAAAAGCCAAUCUGAUAUAGCACGUGUUUUUUUGUUCGGUCCGGACACCGAAACGUACAGUUUUGGUUGCUCUUUAAACCAAAUGGGGGAAACCUGACGCUUGUCACACUCGAAUUUAUGUUUUCUGUCAUUGAUUCCCUGUCUCCAGGGUUGCAGGCCUCGAGAGACCUUUAUUGUCAACUUCACGGUGAUCUCCAUGAAGUGUUUGGUCCCAGAAACGUUGAAUGAUGUGAUAUAAUCGUGUUUCUUUGCUUUAAAACCACCAACCAACCAACCAACUCACAGUCGCGCUCUAUUCAUCAGCAUCUCCUUCGGUAGCUUACGAUUGGAUGAGAAAAGUUUUGUCACAUCCAUGCUACGAAACAUCAUGAACAAUGUUAUUAUAAUUCUUGCCUGUACAACCACAAUAACCAUUGAAUUGAAAAAUACCCCUUGUCCUUAAUUAUAAUGCAUUUGGGGAUGCCCCGAUGCCUCGGAAAUAAAACCAUGACACACAUCCUUGAAAAA